AUGGCGAGUUUGCUAUCAGCACAGCCAAUCGUCGACCAAAUCCCAAUCGCCAACACCAUGCCACUCCUCAGCCUCUGGAAGAACAGACCAAGUGUCUGGAAGAAGAAGCCGCGCGACACCGAACAGCAGCGACUACGGCGACGCGAAGAGAAGCAAAGGGAGGAGGACAAGCUCCGCCAAACAGAUCCCAACGGCUUGCUCAAGAUAGCUCUGCCAGGGUCUGGGAGGCGGCGAAGGAGUUUCACGGCUGCGGACCCGGCGAGGUUCUUUAGGAAGGAGGGACACUGGACUGAGCAAGAGCGGUGA